GUUUAGAGAUUUUCAUUUUCCUUACAAAAGUAACUUUGUAUGUAAAGAAACACCUCGGAUCCAGAAAUCGCCCUGUCAGAAGUGACUUGUGAACGCAGUAAAAUCGGAAUCCCUUGCGCUCUUUCUCAGGCACAAGCAGUGGCAAACCAGGAGCCAGACAAGACGUCUGCGAUGGUUUAUGACAAGUGCUGACAACCUGGUGGGUGAGAGGGAGCAGGGGCUGGGAGCAUGCUCGGUGCCACGCAUCCCAUCCUGGCUGGGGCUCUGCAGGAGGGCAGCUGCGAGGGGCCCAGAGCAGAGCACGGCUCCAUGGCCACACUCAUCCCCUCGCCCGUCCCGUCCCCUUCGGGCUCCGAGGAUGCUGUUCCUGCUCUGUGUCAUUCUUCUGUUAGGAAUCAAAGAGUCCUGCUUGAUGGAAGGCGUUUCGGUUGAUGUGGUCUGCCAAAAGGGUUAUUUUCCAUGUGGAAAUCAUACAACGUGCCUCCCACGGGCAUUUCACUGUGAUGGCAUAAAUGACUGUGAGAAUGGUGCAGACGAGGAGAACUGUGGAGAUAACAGUGGAUGGGCAAGUAUCUUUGAUAUGGUUCGUGGAAAGCCUAAUUAUCUGGAUUUAUCAGAAGAAUGCUGUCUCCAGCAAUACCCAGAAGGCUGCAGCUGCAUGGAAACAGAACUGGAAUGUGCUGGAGUUAAUCUGAAGUCUGUCCCACUCGUUUCAAGUAAUGUAACCGUCCUGUCACUCGCACACAACCAGAUCCAUUCUCUUCCAGAUGAAGUUUUCAGCAAGUACACAAAGGUGAAGAAAAUAUUUCUACAAAACAAUUGCAUCCAGACAAUAUCGAGGAAAGCAUUCGUUGGGCUUUACAAACUUCAGAAAUUGUAUCUCAGCCAUAACUGCAUCACCAGCUUGAAACCUGGGGUAUUCAGAGAUCUACACAAACUGAAAUGGCUAAUUCUGGAUUAUAACCCAAUAGCGAAAAUUUCACAGCAGUUAUUUACUGGCCUAAAGUCUUUGUUUUUUCUAUCAAUGAUAAACAAUUCACUUGAGACUCUUCCUAAGAAGAUCUGUAGUCAAAUGCCUCUUAUUAACUGGAUGGAUUUUGAAGGCAAUCGUAUUAAGACCUUAACUAAUACCACCUUCCUAGAAUGUGAUGCGCUCACAGUAUUGAUUCUUCGUGGAAAUCAACUUCACUUUGUGCCGGCAUAUACCUUUUCCUCAUUAAAAGAUUUGGGGGAAUUGGAUCUGUCCAGCAACAGGAUUACAGAAUUGCCACGUUAUAUUUUCAAAGACCUGAAGUAUUUACAAAAGCUGAAUCUGUCUUUCAAUCCACUUUCUCACCUCUCAGAGGAUCACUUUGAAAGCCUUCAGCAGCUUCAGUCAUUAGACCUGGAAAUGAUUGAGAUUCCGAAUAUAAAUGCAAGAAUGUUCCAGCAUAUGAAGAACCUCUCCCACAUUUACUUCAAAAAGUUUCACUACUGCUCCUAUGCACUCCAUGUGCGAAUAUGCACGCCGCUAACAGAUGGGAUUUCAUCUUUUGAAGAUCUCUUAGCUAACAAUGUUCUGCGAGUAUUUGUGUGGGUCAUAGCUUGUGUUACAUGCUUUGGAAAUCUUCUUGUCAUUGGAAUGAGAUCAUUUAUCAAAGCAGAAAAUGAGACACAUGCCAUGUCCAUCAAAAUUUUGUGUUGUGCUGAUUGUCUAAUGGGGGUGUAUUUGUUCUUCAUUGGAGUUUUUGAUGUUAAAUACCGUGGACAGUAUAAAAAAUAUGCUGUGCUGUGGAUGGAAAGUUUACCGUGUCAUAUCAUGGGGUUCAUCGCCAUGCUAUCUACAGAGGUCUCAGUCCUAUUGUUGACAUAUCUGACCUUGGAAAAGUAUUUAGUGAUUGUCUUUCCCUUCAGUAAUAUCCGCCCUGGAAAGCAGAAGACAAUAGUGAUUCUUAUAUCCAUAUGGAUUGCUGGAUUUGUCAUAGCAAUAAUCCCAUUCUGGGAUGUGGACUUUUUUGGAAAUUAUUAUGGGAAAAAUGGAGUUUGUUUCCCACUGAAUUCUGAUCGAAUGGAAGAAAUUGGAGGCAACAGGUAUUCCCUUAGUAUUUUUCUUGGUGUGAACCUGCUCGCCUUCGUCAUCAUAGUAUUUUCCUAUGUCAGCAUGUUUUGUUCCAUUCAAAAAACGGCCCUUCAGACAUCAGAGAUGAGGAGUCACAUUCACAGAGAUGUUGCCAUCGCCAAUCGAUUUUUUUUUAUUGUAUUCACUGAUGCCAUCUGCUGGAUUCCUGUCUUUGUCAUUAAAAUCCUCUCCUUAUUCCAGGUGGAAAUUCUAGACACUGUCACUUCCUGGAUAGUGAUAUUUGUUCUGCCAAUAAACAGUGCCCUGAACCCCAUCCUCUAUACUCUCACAACUACUUUCUUUAAGGAGAAGCUAAAGCAGUCACUGGGCAGUCGUCGAAGGAGGGCAAUUUUCAGAAGCAAUGAAGAAGCCUUGGCCACUUCAGUCACACGUACAAAUGAUUCCUUCACCCAUAGCUCUUCAUUUAAGCUUGGACUUUUACAAAAAUAAUUCCUGAGGACUGUGCUGACUUUCACCAAUUUACACGUGGUUGUUUGUCGUCAAGAUAAUGGAAAGAGGACCUAACUGCCUUACAACUGUGCUAAUCUCCUUGAGAUUCCUAUGAAGAGUCUUUUUGGCAAUUACCAUCUCUGUAUGCGUCUUCCUGGAAAAUAAAAACACAGCUGUUGUAUUUAUCACGCGAGAUUUGUAUUACAGCUUGAAACACAGACAGACUGGACUGGGGCUAAAGGUGGCAAUACUUUGCAACUAUUCAUCCCUGUUCCCCAGAGGGUCAGUGCAUCUGUACUUGUUAGAUAUAGUCUUUAUAUCAUAUAUUAGUUCAAGGCAAAGGACCUUUCUAGAACAUUUGUCUCUUUUUGACUGUACUAGCAAUUCAAGGAUAUAUCCUCAUGGUGAAGUAUUUAUCCCAAGGUUGGAAGCUCAUGGGGGGGAAAGGCCAGAAUAUUCUAUGCAAUAUGUGAAUCUAUAUUAAUCUUGUAAGAUUUAAGUAAUACGGGGGCUCUGCAGAGUGGUGAAUGUCUCUUUGUGCACAUAAAGUCACUACUCAGAACUGCAAGACCUGAGUAGUGUUAUUAUAAUAUUUUAAGGCACUAAAAGUCGAGUGAACUUCCUGUGUAAGCAACAGAGCCCAGACUGAAAUAAAAAUUAAAUAAUGAAGCUCUCAGAAUGAUCCUUGAAAGCAGUCGAUUCAGUUUUCAUUGCAUCAGUUUUUAUGAAGCAUAGGCAUCCUGGCAGCAUGGGUGAGCACAGGUUUGCGGGAGCAUUUAUGGGGCUGACUCAAGCACUUGUAAGGAAGAACAAUUCACCUUUAUUAGCUAUGUUUUCAUAACCACCUUAGUUAUAUUUUGACUUCAUUGCGUAUGAGCUGCCUACCUGUUAUAAAUAGAAGAGUCAAGCUUUUAGAAAAAGAGUAUAGCAAAGCUUUCAGCCAACUUUUACAUUUUUUUUUUUAAUAUUUACUAAAGAAAGCUCCAAAAAUGAUUCAGAAGCACCUGUUUAUAAAUCAUUUUGCAGUGUUAACAAACAAAAGGAUUUUGGAGCAAUGAGGAAAAUCCAGAAAUGGGAAAACAAAAAACAAGUGUGUGGGCUCAUUGCUAAAAGUGAGGAAAAGCCUGAAGAGUUAACGUUUCUCACCUAAGAUGAAAUGACUGAAUAUAUGCUCCAGGCCCACCCAGACUUUGCAAUAAAAUGCAUAUAUUUGAACCACCACAAAAGCAGGAGGUGAAAUCCAAUAAUAAGGUCAUUGUACCGUGGCAGUAAGCACAACUGUGAGGUUUUGACCCAAGCUUUCACACUGCGCACAUUUCAGCAUGGGAUUCUGUCUGAAGAUACCUUAACUAGCAUUUAGGUAUUGGAAGAUCCUUUCAGUUAGUGAGCCAGUUGACCUACUUUCCAUUACUUCCUAACCCACUUGGUGCCUUAAUUUGCUAGACCCUGUCCUGCUUGACCUGAAUGGUCCAAGGAGCCUCCUGGGUUCAAUGUCUGCCUACUGACGGUAGAGCAGGAGUUGGGGGGCAGAGCAGGUAUAGCAGCUUGCUGGCUCGUGUUGGUGGUUUCUCUGCUUUAGUUGUGGAGAUGAAGCAGGUUCUGGUUGCUGUAGGUGCUAUAGGAGGAGCCCCUACAGGAGGAUACAACAAUCCUAUAGGAGGAGUGUUUUUUCUUGAACAUUUGGUUCAAGUAGAACUUGAUCUUUAUCCAGUGUUGACUCUCCACUCAAACUUGACCUAAAGUGAGAGAACAAUAUUCCACAUCCACUGAUAAUCUGUUCCAACAGAUC